AUGCCCGAUAAACAACUUCCGUUUACGACGUGGUCGCAUUUGAAAGGCCUGGAUCUAACUGAUCCGACAUAUCAUCGUCCUCAUAGUAUCGAGAUUUUACUUGGUAAUGACGUUUACGACGAUUGCAUUCUGAGCGACACGCAUCGUGUGGAGAAUGGUAAUCCCAUAGCUAAAAAAAACGUUUUUGGUUAUAUUAUAUCUGGCAAAUUCUCCGCAUCAAGAUCACCAGUUAUCACAGUUUCAUCGUUAACCACUCAGGUCGAGAUUGACCAGCUGCUAACCAAAUUUUGGCAAAUCGAAGAGUUACACAGUGAACAUGUUCUGAGCAACGAAUACCAAUGGUGUGAAGAGUAUUAUCGCAACACACAUCGCCGUCUGGAUAAUGGAAAAUAUGUUGUCCGUUUGCCAUUGUUAUCACAACUUCAACCAGACAUUGUCAUUGGUGCCUCUAGAGACAUUGCUUUCAAACGAUUUUUAAAUCUAGAACGAAGGCUAACAAGGGACUCCGAACUGAAGUGA